AUGGACGAGAGCGGCGAUGAUAUCCUACGACUGCUCGGGCCACCACCAUAUCGAAUAGACGUGGAGCAUGUGAAGAGCAUCUUUGCGAGCUACAUGCCCCGGGAUAUCACCAUCGGACGACUUAUAGAUGCUCCACCAUGGAUCGAGAGCAUGGGUCGGGGAUCACAACUCUACAAGCUAUUCUGGAAGAAUGUCCCAUUGAUCAUCCCAGCAGAGACGCACCGAAGCCCACCGCCAGAAGUCACAGGAAACGUCGUGGCCGAGCUCAAGUUAUUGGGAGCCGAAGUGCCAUCAGAAGUCGCGUUCGACAAUGUAAUGCAUUUCAUCGAAACGUACUUCCAGGACCCGAGUUACAGCUGGUUGGCUGAUGCGAACACCAUCAUCUACGAGGUUCCAUUGGAAUGGGAUUUUGAAGACGGAGUCGAGGGAGUGAAAGACACGUACCCUAAGAUCGAUAAGCAUUGCCUUCUGUGUUUGUUCGACAUCUACGAGAGGCUCCAAUGCCACAGACAUCCGAGUCGCCUCACCCCUGUCUUUAUCUGGAAGGACUGUCGCGAAGGCAAGAUUUACUCGAAGCAGCCAAGCACCAAGCGCAAUAUCCGUCAAGAGUUGGGUAUCUCCCAACCUAUGCACGAUAUCCUCAACCAGGGCUUAGAAUGGUGGGGAAAUUAUCUGAGGAACGAGGUCGGUGCGGACGCGGACAGCGAUACCUUCCAGGACUAUCUGUGCGAGUACGUCCAAGACUAUAUCCACGCUCUAUACGAUGAUGAUGCAGCCAAACGUGGGUAUCUGAAGUGGUAUAUGACUGAUGCUUUCGAAGCGUUUCGGAGACAUGUGGAUGCGGAAUCUGCAAGGGCAUACUUCAUUGAACUACUCAAACACGUUGAUACCCGCGAUCGGGAGUGGGCCAAAGUAGUCAAGAAGUGGGAGCAUUAUGAAGCCCACUCAAAGAGUUUCAACAGAGAAAUGGUUGGGAUCAUGAGCAAUGUGCAGGACAUCUUCUUGAAAGACGACGCAUUCCUCAAGCAGUUGUACAAGGCUCGUAUGAAGGAUGUUGGGGCUACGUUGGAGGAUGAUUCUGCAUAA